CGGUGGCACUCAGUAAGCUCUGAGACGGUAACGCGUGCGCACAACGAAGACAAAGACGCAACGGUCGAACUGGUUACAAAAUGGCGUUUAUGAAAAUUUGCAUAUUUGCUUUGCUCGUGGGCACAACAUUAGCCCAACGCGAACGUGGCAAUUUCCGCGUUGGCCCGGGUCAUCCGCCAUCGCAGCGUCAUUUGCCUCCAAGGGCGCGAGAUCCUGUCGAGGUGGCAGCCAUACAACCCAAACGCAAACAGGCCGAGGUGGAGUACGAGCCCACCGAGGAGUGUCCGGAUGCAAAUGGCUUCUUUCCGGAUAGCAAGCAGUGCGACAAAUACUAUGCGUGCUUAGAUGGCAAACACACUGAACGCCUCUGUGCCGAUGGCAUGGUCUUCAACGAUUACUCACCCAUCGAGGAGAAGUGCGAUUUGCCCUACAACAUUGAUUGCACCAAACGUUCCAAGCUGCAAACUCCGCAACCGUCGCAGCACUGUCCAAGGAAGAAUGGCUAUUUUGGUCAUGAGAAGCCCGGAAUUUGCGACAAGUUCUACUUCUGCGUUGAUGGCCAAUUUAACAUGAUCACAUGUCCUGCUGGACUGGUAUUCAAUCCCAAGACUGGCAUCUGCACCUGGCCGGAUGAGGUGGGCGUCACUGGCUGCAAGUCAGAAGAUAUUUUCGAGUUCGAGUGCCCUAAAGUGAAUGAGAGCAUCGCUGUUACACAUCCACGCUACGCGGAUCCCGAUGACUGUCAAUUCUUUUAUGUGUGCGUGAAUGGGGAUCUACCACGACGCAAUGGCUGCAAACUUGGUCAGGUCUUCGAUGAGGAAAACAAGACCUGCGACUGGGCUCGCAAAGUACCUGACUGUGCUGAUUGGUACAAGGAUCGUCUAACUGAUGCCGAGCUGGAUGAGCUGGAGAAUCCGAAACCAAAGCCAACGACCACCAAGAGGCCGCAACGUGUGCGCGGAGCAUCAAGGCGUAAGCCUAAACCUAAGGUGGUCAAAGAGGAAGAGGAGCUCGAGGAGGAAGAGGCCUAAGCGCUGACUGUUUAAUCUUAAGUUUGUCAUUCCUGGCUACGAAUAGGCAAAAACAAUAAACUAUUACAUACUUUCGCGCGCUGCAAUAAAUGUGUUCCCUUCUCAGUCGCACUU